GGAGCCUUGACGACUACGCAGCGUCGCUACGGCGGCCUGGCAGCUGGCAGGAGGGAGUGAGGAAAACGCGAAGUAGAUGUGAAAGAAGCGAGCCAAGAAACAGCGGAUCGUAGAAGGACCCGCUAGGAGCGGUUAAUGGAAGGCCUGCGGGAUCGGAAUAGCUUCGCUCAGGUAUUCACGUAUCGGGUAUUCACUAAACUGCGAGUAGUGCAUCGCACGGGGUGUGUUUACUAAACAAUGAUUUGUAGUGAGCUGAUAAAACUAAUUCUCCAAACUGGGCGUGUGCACUCAGCUCUCCAUUAAAGUGUCAGCGCAAAGCGUCUAGACACCAUAACAACUUAAUGUGAAUGGAGUUGUGAAGUGGUUAUGGUGCCAGGUGGCCCCCAGGGGGUUAAAUCGUUCUCCAGUGGUUUAACCCUAAAGUUGCUCUCAGCCAGUUAUUAUUAUUAUUAUUAUUAUUAUGAGAUUCCGUUAGCGGCGACUCUGCUCGGCCGCGCUCUCCGCGUCCAGAAACUGAAAUUUCAGAACCGAUAUGACCCCCUCGGGGGAGGUGAGAACGCCGCCGAAGGCAUCUUUGGGAUCAAGCCGUUCGAGAACAGUUUAACCUUUUUUGAGGUAAGAGUGCAUCCGGGGCCUCUUGGCACCAUACCAACUUAAUUUAGAUGAAGUUGCUAUGGUGCCUAAACUGUCCCUUUGAUAUAAUAUUUCAUCGAGUUUUGAAAGGAAAUCUCUCUAUUUUUUUUUUUUUUUAAUUAAGUAUACGUAAAAAUAAUUUAGAAAAAAGUGAUUCCUAAAAAGGGUUUGAAAAUGGACAGUAACAAGUUAUUCACUAAAGUGAGAAUUUAAAGUGAAUUUCAAAUGUAAGGACGGAGUGAUGGAAAUGCAAGCAUAGUGACUGAGAUCAUUUUUUUCCCAGUUUGGCUAUUUUUACUUUAAUUAUGAAAUUCUCUCACUUUAGUGAAUAAACUUGUUAGUCACCAUGAUUUCUCCAGCUUUACUCACAGAAACAGUGAAUAAGUAAGCAUAGGGAUAAGGUUCUUAUUUAUUGCAGAGGCGUAGCUAGGUCACUUGUCAUCUGUUAUGAAAAUCUAAGUUGGCUCCGCCUAUUACACCCCCACCCCAAAAUGUGUAUCUCCUGACCCAUCUUGUGUGUUUUUCCUAAUCCUUCUUUCAACUUUGUGUGUCUCUUAAACCCUUUCACUUUCUUGUGUGUCUCGUAACCCAUGUUACUUGUGACAUGCAUGCAUGCAUACAUAGAUAUGCAAUCAUACAUGCACUCACAUACAAACAUGGACACGCACAGUUACAGUCAUACACAGUCACAACAUAACUACCCGAUUUUAUACAUACAGUCACUUAUACAUACAUAUAUCUAGACACAAAGUCAAAUACAUGCACACACUGUCAAAUAAACACAGAUGGUCACACAUCUUGAUGCAGUCAGAUAAAGUCACACAGUAAUCAGGUGCACAUAGUCAGACCCUUAAACUAUGUAACAUACAGUUACACACAGACACAUGCACACAACGCACAGAGUCAAUGGCACACAGUCAUACAAAUAGUUACAGGCACACACACAGUUAGUCACCACACAUAUAUUCUCAAGCACCCAGUCACAAAGAUAGUCACAGUCUCACAGACGCACACAGACACUCACAGUCAACAAAUCUUUCUCCUGGGCCCUACCUUUAUGGGCACUAGUGCCAUAGUUGGAGCAAAGGCCAGAGCAUUCCCUGAUGUCUAGUGGACUGGUUUUCCCUCAGCAAGCAGUCAUUUGCAGGAAAGCAUGGCUGGGCCUAAGUCGGCGGAGCGAGUCUCCAUGGCUGCUGCUUCUGUGUGGCUGGCGGAACAGACAAGGCACCCUUCUCCAUCUGGCACCAAGGGCACAUGCUAUCCUACACAGCCUCCCCAGUUUCGCCACUGUCAAAGUGAAUAUAAAAUUUUAGGACAAAAUAGUAACAUUGGGAAAAUUCAACAGCUGCGUUUUCUUUUAAUUUAGACUAAAAUUUGAGAUUCAUUUUGAAUUACCAGUAAUUCACAAUUAAGGUUAUUUAGUAAAUUCCUAGUGGCUAAAAUAACUUAUCUCGAAAAUUCUCAAACACAGCUUGGCAUAAAGUUUGUACUUGAGUGAAUAAACCCAACAGACAAAGCUUGGCUAUGUUAGCCUCAAUUUUGUGAUUUGGUUUUCAGUUCAUUACAAUUUACUGCUUAGUGAAAAAAACAUUUGGGCCAAUAUAGCAGAAUUUGAAAAACUCUAGGUCAUAUUUUCAGUUAGCCUAGAAUUUUAAAUUCAGAUACAAUGCCUAACAAUACACACUUUAUUAUUAACAGCAAUUAAAUGACAAGGACAUGCACUAAUAUUGAUUGAUAAGUAGAGGAAUGGGGUAACGUGUAAGAUUACCCACUAAUAAUGCAUUGUAAAUUGAAACUUACUGUUUGUUAGAUGUAAAGCGCGGUGUCACGGGAGAUGGGACUCCUCGUAAAUGUUCCCUUAAUUAUACUUUGAAUCAUCUAAUGUUUCCCUGUAUUCAAAUGGAAUUGUUCCCUUCUGUUUGGUUACCGAACAGAUUCUGUGAGGUGCCCUUGUUCGCAAAUCAGGUUUAGGCUUGAUUGGAAGAUCGUGCUUGUCCCAUUCUAAAUAUGAUAAAAAUUAUGCUUGAGUAGUAAUAUGUGGAUAGGUAUUAAUGUCUCUUUUGGAUGUGAUAUUGGAACACAAGGCUUGUUCAUAUCAAAGGACUCCUUAUCUGAGAGGGAAUCAAGACAUAUGGCAAAUGAGAGAGUUGGUUUAUACUGAAACCAGACUUUCAGGCCACUAAUGUGUGACUUCUCACACCUUACAGAGUAGCCUUCCAGGGGUCCCAGCUUCAAAGAGGGACAAUUGACUAUUAUUAUUAUUAUUAUUAUGAUAUUUAUAGAGCGCCGUCAAAUUCCGCAGCGCUUUACGAUGGGUGGACGAACAGACAUGUAUUUGUACCCAGACAAGUUGGACACACAGGAACAGAGGGGUUGAGGGCCCUGCUCAAUGAGCGUACAUGCUAGAGGGAGUGGGGUAAAAUUACACAAAAAGGUAAGGAUAGUAUUAGACUAAUGACAGGUGCAGAAGAGGAAUCAGUGAGGAGCUAUUAACAGUUUAAUUGAUACGCUUUUAUGAAGGAGUGGGUUUUUAACGAUUUUUUUGAAGGAGUGGAGACUGGGACACUACCACCUCAACCAGGCAGCCAGUUCAUCUAUGCACGAACAUAACUUUUUUGUUUUACCGAACCGAUCAGAACGCUUUUUGGAUAUGUUGUGCGCUCAGAUCGGGGCUAUUCUUGAAUAUAAUUUUUGUGUGGUUCCGAUUCUGUUGUCAUGUAUUUUUGUGAUAUGUAAAAAUUGUAUGUAAGUUUUCCUAUUUGAGAGAUAAUUGGAUUAUCUUAAUUGGAGCUUAAAGGAUCACUAUAAGGUCAAGAACACAAACAUGUAUUCCUGACCCUAUAGUGAAAACCUACCAUUUAGGUGGCUUCCCCUUAGCACCCUCAGAAUGGGUUAAAACUCACCUUAUUUUCAGCUCUCCACGGGUCUGCCGGCACUGGCCCUGCCCCCUUGGUGACAUCAUCAAAAUUGCCGAUUUUUUAAAUUUUUUUUAGCCAAUGCAAUGCUUUCCUAAAUUUGGCACUGGGCGGGGCCAAAUGCCGUUUUGGUCAAUCAGUAUCUCCUCAUAGAGAUGCAUUGAAUCAGUGCAUCUCUAUGAGGAUAAUUUAGCGUCUCCAUGCAGAGCGUGGAGACGCAGAACGGCAGGGCUGCUUACUGUGCAGUCCUGAGCCAGGAAGCCUCUCCAGUAGCCAUCUAAGGAGUGGCCACUUGGAGGUGUCCCUAGGGGCAAUGUAAACACUGCCUUUUCUCUGAAAAGGCAGUGUUGGCUUAAAAAUGCCUGAAGGGAGCUAUUAUACUCACCAGAACAACUACAUUAAGCUGUAGUUGUUCUGGUGACUAUAGUGUCGCUUUAAUUAUCUCUCAAACACAAUGGCUUGUGGGAAAGAAAACCCUGUGAUUUUGUAUUAGAAACCCCAUUCUAGGGGCACUGCAUAAGAAGCUGAGUGUGGCCUAAUAAAGUUUAAAUUGCUGCUUUUACCCAAUACGACUGGUUGCGUCCAUUGUAUUGGGGAAACUCUACACCAAGGGAAUACUUUCACUGUAUUAAGCACAUCUGGAAUUAGGACUAGUGGAGGAUUGAAGGAAUAACAGUAAAUCAUUAUAGUGGUCAUGGUAACAACUUUCCCUGGUGUUGUCCUGGUUCUGUGUCAAACUGUCUUUGAACAGAAUGGCACAAACAGAGGGUCCCCUGGGCAUCCGCAUUCCAUCCCUUCACUGUCCAAAUUAUUAAUGUGACAGUUACACUUCUGUAUCGGCAAUAUUAAUUUUGUUCACGUUUGGAAGCCAUUGAUUAGUUUAGCAUGUCUCUGAUGCACUCAGCCAGUGAAUGUUUUGCUAAAGUGGAAAUGUAACUUUUGCUAUGUGGAUAGCACAGAUAAUUUAGAAAGGCAUCAGGAGAUGACUGCAAUAAGCCAAAUAAUGAUGGGGUGAAAAGAAAUAGAAGGAGGAAAACAAUAAUGCCAUUGACUCAAAAGAAAGUCUCAUAGAUUUUAAUUAGGAAGAAAGAGAUUAGUGGGAGUAGGCAGAAGCAUAAGAAGAGAAAUGUGAAAAAAGUGUUUUAAUUUCAUAUUGUUUUUUUUACAGAAGACAGGAGGAGAAAUGAAUGUGUGACUUGAUUCUUAGGAUGAUUUCCAGAUACAAAAGGAAACCCGUAUCUCAAAAUCUACAAAUGUAAGUUGUUGAUGUAAAUUGCACUGCAUAUCAAUGUGGUUUACAACAUUUUAUUGGUGUAUUUAAACAUACAGUUGGGCUAACUAUAAGCAAUUUGUGUAACUAUACAACAUUGUUUUUGAUUAAUAAAGGAACAUACAAACAUGUGUUACUAAUGUUAGAGUGAUACAGGCGGGAUCUUGUUAAAUGCUCUGGACACACCAAGGCACCAAAACAACUUCAUGUAAAUAAAGUUGUUAUGGUUCCAGCAGACCCCUGGAGGCAUGCUUACCUCAAGGGCUUAGUUUAACCCCAGAGUUGCCUCCAGCAGUGAUGUCCACUCCCCCGGCGCUAGGGAUUGACCAAUAUAAAUUUUUUAGAGCCUAUAUCGAUAAUCUGUGAACUUUCAGGGCAAUAGCCGAUAACUUACUGAUAUUCUGUACAUUUACCAUUUAAAAAAAUAAAAUACCGGUAUUUCUACACAAAUCUACUGUUAACUGAACAUGUUUAUUAUUCAUUUAUUUUUGUUGCAAAUCUAUUUUUUUUUAUUUUUUUUUAUAUAUAUUAACGUAAAUGCACAAAAUAUACAUGCCAGUCAGAAUUCUGUAUGUUUUCAAGAAUGUGUGUGUGUAGUGGAUGCAGUGUAUGUUUGUGUAGUGUGUGCAUGUGUGUAUAGUGACAGGAUAUGCAUUUGUCAUGCUUCAGGGAUGGGCUCUUUGCAGCAGAACCACUACAUUAACCCUUUCACUACCAAUCACAUUUUGGUUAAAAAAAAAAUGUAUUUGAAGCAAUUGAUGCAUAGCUAGAAUAUAAACAUGUAACACAGCAAUUUUGUGUAUAGAUUACUUUGCACUAUGACUUAAAAUUACAAUUCUGUAAAUGUACACAUUUUUUAUUGUUUACUUGUUUGUUAAUCCUUUAUAAAAAAUAUUUGGGAAAUUAAAAGCUUUUGACAGUAUACAGUGUCCUUUAGCUUUUCAUUUCACACAGGAUAUAAAAUGUUAGUAAAAAGGCAAUUUUUCUCACAUACAGUAGAUGUGUCAAAAAUAGAUAAAUAAAAUGUCAUGAAAACAGAAAAUCGGAGAACUCUGAGGCAAAAGCUUAGAGAAACUCUGUAGCUUGCCCUUUUGGUUAGUUUCCAUUUAGGUCUCAAAAAUGUGUUUGCUCACUUGUGCCAGUAGAGAGAGAAUUUAUACCAUUUGCAUAACAGACUGCCACCCAUAAGGGCAGUUUAGAAAUGCCAGCAAGUUCUCUCUGCACGAGAGAUACAGCAACCACAGACAAUCACUUCAGCCUUUUUGGGCCUGUUCAGCGAGGUGUAUCUGUUACCUCUCAAGGCACAGCGAACAUAGAGACCACGUCUGGACCUUUUCACCUAGGGCGAGUCCAAACAAAUGGAUUGCAACAAAAAACAGAUACUCUGUUUUUCUCUAUGAGAAAGGAUUGAUUGCAGGGAGAGCAGAUGGGACUUACCAAAGGCGCUCCUUCUGCUCUCCACCUAUAGCAACCACAGAGCAUGUGCUAUGGUAGCUCACUAGCCAGCGCUGCUAGCACUGGGUAGGAAGUGUGCAAACUGAGUUACUGACGUCAUACUGUUCAGGCGCUUGCAUGCUGGCAACGAACCCAGCAUGUUGGCAUCAUGAAGCAGGUUGAAGCGUUCCCAAGCAGGACAAAUCAGGGCAGACCGGAGAUGGGUGUUACAAAAAUGUAACACCCACCUCUGUAAGGAGAUAUCAGAGGGUCAGAUAAGUGCCUGAAAGAUUCACUUUAAAUUUAUAACUGCUUUAAAUGGCACACUAUUUGUAUUUGUUUUGUUUGGGAUACUAAUGCCAGCAUUACAUUGUCUAUUUUAAGCAAUCAGUUUCUCACUAAAGCAAUAGAAAAUCACCCUUUACCCGAAGAAGCAGAUUCCUUCUCGAUAUCACACAGCAGUGACCAAUAUGAAAUUGCCUCAAAAUGGUCAAGGUAAUGUUUUCUAUUUAUGUUGAUGUAAAUUUCAGAAAUAAUUAACUUAGUCCAUAAUGAACUCAAAGUGAUGAAAUCUGUAUUGUAUUGUACAAAACGUCUCAAAUUGUUCUACCAUUAACAAAACACACAUUAUUAAUUAAAACUUGCUUAUUUGCCUGUUUUAGUUUUUACAUGCAUUUUGAUAAAAUUUACAGAGAAAUAAAUCUGUGGUUAUUAUUAACAUGAUGCUGAAGUUUACUGUCUUUUAGUAUUUUAAAGGGACAUGCAUCACUUUAAAACAACUUUCUCAUUCAAAAGCGUGCUGCUUUAAAAAAACUGGUUUUCAAGUGAUGGAUAUCCCUUUAUUUAAGGAAUGUAUUUCUCUUUCACCUGGAUUUUCACAUCCUAUAGAUUCUAAUUUUCGUGUGUUCCGAUUUAAAGUUUUUGCUAUGUAAAUUUAGGGACUGUCAACAAUACAAGGCUUUUCUAUUUGACAUCGGCCAACACACAAAGUACAUAGUGAGGUCUGAUACAACCCAGGAGAGAAUAUGUAUGGGACCUAAUUAACGUUUGGACCUUUGGAAGAGUCUUGCCUAAAAUAGUCACUUCUUUACCGUAGAAAUAAUAUUGAAAUUGUGCUCGAUUUGGGGGGGGGGGAGGGAGGGAAUUACUCAUGGAAUGGUGUUAUGCUAAAAAAAAAAAGUCACUGUAUGCUUUGAAAUUCAUAUUCAUGUAGGAAGUGAUUAUAGUAAAUCUAUAUUUAUAUAAUUUCAGUGAGUCUGAUGUUUCGGACACAUCGCAGUUUUCUAGAGCGGAUGCUCAGGAUUCCUGGUCAGAAUCUCAGAGAGGGACUGGGUUUUCCACUGAUAAUAGCUCAGUCAUAUCAUGGGGUUUUGAUGUAAGUACUCCAACUCUAUAAUUUCUGUUUAGAAUCUGGGGAUUCUUUGCUGUGCACAGUGCUACCAUACUUGUAGUCAAUAGAGUUGCAUUUACAUUAACUGAUUACCGUAUAUACUCGUGUAUAAGUCGAUCUCAUGUAUAAAUCGAGUGCAGUUUUGUGACCAACAAUUGUGAAAUAUGCUAUGCCUCGUGGAUAAGUCGAGGGUAAAACUUGGGGCUAUGAAAUUCUGUGAUUUUUAUAAUUAUAUACACACACACACUCAUACAAACACACACUUUGCAUUAUAUAUACACACACUCAUACAAACACACACUCUGCAUUAUAUAUACACACACACUCAUACAAACACACAUUCUGCAUUAUAUACAAACACACACUCUGCAUUAUAUACACAGAUUGUGUAUAUAAUGCAGUGUGUGUAUAUAAUGAAGAGUGUGUGUUUGUGUAUGAACUGGGUGGGGGGAGGGCAUUUUUAUUAUUUUAAUAUUAUUUUUUUAAUUAUUUUAAAAAAAUUUUGUCCCCCCUCCCUGCUUGUUAACCGGUCAGGGAGGGGGGCUAUCUUAAUCCCUGGUGGUCCAGUGGCAUGGGCUGUGAAGUGGGGGGGCCGGCAGGAAGCAUUUACUUACCUUUCCUGCAGCUCCUGUCAGCUCCCUUCUCCUCCGUUACGGUCAGCUCCACUGUAAGUCUCGCGGUCUGGUUGCCGCGUGGAUCGUUGCCACGGCUCUGACGGCCGCGGCUCUCUAAGUUGCCAUAAUACAGACAGUGACUCGAGUAUAAGUCGAGUGGGUGUUUUUAAGCACAAAAAAUGUGCUGAAAAACUAGACUUAUACUCGAGUAUAUACUGUAUAUAAUAAUAUAUUAUGUAAAGGCAACUGCUCCUAUAUCUUUAUUUGAUCUGACCAAGUAAGAGCCAGAGACUCAGUUACUGCAUUUAGUGACAUUUAGAACAUAGAAUGUAACAGUAAAAUGAUAUACACACUAAUAAGAAUAAAAAAAAUACGUAGAAGAGUGUGAUCCCAAGUGUCCCUCAUACACACGAAAUACCAAGUUAAAUACAUAAAAGUGGGAAAACAACAAUACAUAUAAAAAUAAAUAUAACCACCUGGAAAAGGUAGGAUAUUAAAAAAUCCUAGAAGUCACUGGGAUCUAUAAAAAUCAAUACGCGUAAUACUGUAUAAAUAUAAAAUGUGAAGUAUAGCAAAAAAACCUCACAAACAUAUGGUAAAUUCAGGCUUGUCACCCUCCCGGGGGUACAUACGUAUGUAGUUGCAAGAUGUCGCUCAUAUAUGGGUAGUCUUCUAGGCAAUGGGCAUAUCUCCAUAUGGAGUGGAACUUAGAUGGAAGCGUGGUACUGGAAACCAGGUAUAGAUGGAAAUAAACCAAAGUCAGAAAAAGUUAAAACAACAUAUAAAAGAAGUACAAAAGUCUUCAAUAUAUCCAAUGCGUUUCGUCCUACAGCUUGGACUUCCUCAGGGAUAUACAUUCUUCUCACCAGGAAUGCUUCUUAAAUAUGCUGGGAUUGAUGGGCGAUGGAAUCCACCUGAAUUCGGCGUGUGUUCCACCCUGGAACGCAUUCACGCAUAUCCUGUGCGUCUCCCAGUGGCGUGUGCCGAUGAUGAAUUCAUAUGAAUGAAAUCCAAAGUUCUUGCGCAUGCGUGGACUCUUCAAAUUAAUUCCAGCGUUUGUGUGCAUGUGAGCGACCGAUUCUGCAUGUAUAGUCGAACGCUGUGCGAAAACAGCUGAACGUACCUUAAAAAAAAAAAAAAAAGGGAAAUAAAAACAACAGGCGAAUGGUCGCCAUAAACCGAACAAACAAAUGAAUGGCAUAUAUAUAUAUAUAUAUAUUUAUUUGCUGGAUGUCAAGUCAAAAGUGUUCUCAGCCUUUUUUUUUUUUUGUCAUUUAUAGUUGUAUGGACUAAUUUAUCUUUUCACUUCCUCUUUAGCCAAGUAGCAAGAGAGAUGCUGCGCAGUAGGUUUUGGAAAAGGCCCAAUUUUAUGUCAAACUGGCCCAAUUGGUUAAACAAACCAGGGAGACAGCAUGUACACACCCUUCUUUGCAAUGCGUUGGAGAUUAGAGUGCCCCUUAUGUUUAUUCAAUAGGUUUAUACAAAUGUAUUUGAAAAUCAAAUAACUAUUGUGUAUUUUCUUUAAAUAUUGUGGAAUACAUAUGGACAGUACCUUUUAACUCUUUAUUUGAUCUCUAUAUUUGGCUAUCCCCCAUUAGAGUAAUUUAACAUUAUACCACUACUCUUAAUUACUCUGAAUUGAGUGUUGUUUCUGCUUCCUACCAAAGAUGCAGGAUUGCUAUAGGGCUGCUAGUGGUUUAUUGGGAAACUUUCCACAUAUUUGGAUAUGAUAACCCCCACAAGUUGUGUUUACUUUGUUAUUCAGUCAUUCAAGAUUUAUUUUAUUGCAUGUCCUAUUGACUCUGAUUUAAAAAAAAAAUUAAAAUAAAAGUGUAUUACAAGAUAACAAAAAAAAUUUACAAAAAUGUAUUGAUCUGCUAUUUGUAGGAGUUUGACCAGGCUGCCACACGACAAGUACAGAGGAUCUUCACACAGAUAGAUGAACUGCUGUAUGAAAGGAAAACCAGCUCUCAUGUGCAAGAUCUCCAGGAAGAGUGUCAAGAAUGGACAGCACACUUUCCACACUUACGGUAUGCCGGGUCCCAUGCUUCUUGAAUUUUAUUGAAUGGAAUUGAAUUUUACACAUAUUGGGAUGUUCUUUUCAUAGUAUAGUAAACAUAAACAUUGAAAACCCCUUACAUCUCUCCACAUAACAUUUAUAUAGCACACUUUCAGUUCGUAAUGCAAAUAUCACGCCAGGUAUACAGAAACCUUUUAUUUCCGUGUUGCCUAUUCUGUAAUGCUUUAUUUUUGUUAACCUAAUCACAGUGAAAAGUCACACGGUAAGAUGACUGGUUUAGUACAGAAACACUUGUUAAGUUCAUUUUACUAGGCCAAACACAUCAUUGUCUUUCUUUUCUGAUUUGUAAAAAUACUGAUUUAGUUUAGAAGGUGUGUUUUAUAAGACUACCUACAUUAAGCCUUUUAGAGAUGAAAUGGUGAACAAGACAUUUACUAACAUACCUCUAUGACAAUGAACUGUACAGCGGAAAUGUUAUGAUUUUAAUAUUUGUUAUAUUGACAUUGCAGAAUAAAAGGGAUGCAAAUAGUGACUCCUUUAGAUGAUGGCUACAGCUGGCAUAUCAGUCAGCCCUGUGACGUUUCUGAAUCUGUGGUGGCACACAGUGGUACACAUGAAAAGGAUACAAGCGAGUGAGUACACAUUUAGAGCAUUUAUACCUUCGUCAUAGUAAUCUGUAUUCUACACUCAAUAUACUGUCGUUUCAACAAUAUCUAAGCUUUCUAGUUAAUUCUUUAUCCUGGUAUUCUAAUUUUUCCGUGAUAACUUGUUUUGUCUCCUAGCUGCUUGCCUUGACAUUACCUAUCUAGCUCCAACUUUGUUUUGAGAUUCAGUGAAUUACUUGAUAUCCACUGCUCCUUUGGAGAUACUUGAUGGUUAGGGCUCUGCUAUUGGGUAUUAGGGUUAGGUCUCUGUAAUUCUACAAUGAAUAGGAGAGGUGAAAAUAAAACUCCAUGGUGUAUUUACAAUUCAUCGUACUUUCUAUAGACUUUCCUCUAAGUACCAUAUCUUGUGAAGUUGUGUACUUUUGGUAAUUCACCAGAUGUGCUACGUGCCUCCAGUGGUGGUCAUUUCAUUGGCUCCGCUUGCAUGUGUGCAGGUAUGUUUUUUGGCAUUCCUUAUAUGGAAUAUCCAUACAGGGAGUGCAGAAUUAUUAGGCAAAUGAGUAUUUUGACCACAUCAUCCUCUUUAUGCAUGUUGUCUUACUCCAAGCUGUAUAGGCUCGAAAGCCUACUACCAAUUAAGCAUAUUAGGUGAUGUGCAUCUCUGUAAUGAGAAGGGGUGUGGUCUAAUGACAUCAACACCCUAUAUCAGGUGUGCAUAAUUAUUAGGCAACUUCCUUUCCUUUGGCAAAAUGGGUCAAAAGAAGGACUUGACAGGCUCAGAAAAGUCAAAAAUAGUGAGAUAUCUUGCAGAGGGAUGCAGCACUCUUAAAAUUGCAAAGCUUCUGAAGCGUGAUCAUCGAACAAUCAAGCGUUUCAUUCAAAAUAGUCAACAGGGUCGCAAGAAGCGUGUGGAAAAACCAAGGCGCAAAAUAACUGCCCAUGAACUGAGAAAAGUCAAGCGUGCAGCUGCCACGAUGCCACUUGCCACCAGUUUGGCCAUAUUUCAGAGCUGCAACAUCACUGGAGUGCCCAAAAGCACAAGGUGUGCAAUACUCAGAGACAUGGCCAAGGUAAGAAAGGCUGAAAGACGACCACCACUGAACAAGACACACAAGCUGAAGCGUCAAGACUGGGCCAAGAAAUAUCUCAAGACUGAUUUUUCUAAGGUUUUAUGGACUGAUGAAAUGAGAGUGAGUCUUGAUGGGCCAGAUGGAUGGGCCCGUGGCUGGAUUGGUAAAGGGCAGAGAGCUCCAGUCCGACUCAGACGCCAGCAAGGUGGAGGUGGAGUACUGGUUUGGGCUGGUAUCAUCAAAGAUGAGCUUGUGGGGCCUUUUCGGGUUGAGGAUGGAGUCAAGCUCAACUCCCAGUCCUACUGCCAGUUCCUGGAAGACACCUUCUUCAAGCAGUGGUACAGGAAGAAGUCUGCAUCCUUCAAGAAAAACAUGAUUUUCAUGCAGGACAAUGCUCCAUCACACGCGUCCAAGUACUCCACAGCGUGGCUGGCAAGAAAGGGUAUAAAAGAAGAAAAUCUAAUGACAUGGCCUCCUUGUUCACCUGAUCUGAACCCCAUUGAGAACCUGUGGUCCAUCACCAAAUGUGAGAUUUACAAGGAGGGAAAACAGUACACCUCUCUGAACAGUGUCUGGGAGGCUGUGGUUGCUGCUGCAUGCAAUGUUGAUGGUGAACAGAUCAAAACACUGACAGAAUCCAUGGAUGGCAGGCUUUUGAGUGUCCUUGCAAAGAAAGGUGGCUAUAUUGGUCACUGAUUUGUUUUUGUUUUGUUUUUGAAUGUCAGAAAUGUAUAUUUGUGAAUGUUGAGAUGUUAUAUUGGUUUCACUGGUAAUAAUAAAUAAUUGAAAUGGGUAUAUAUUUGUUUUUUGUUAAGUUGCCUAAUAAUUAUGCACAGUAAUAGUCACCUGCACACACAGAUAUCCCCCUAACAUAGCUAUAACUAAAAACAAACUAAAAACUACUUCCAAAAAUAUUCAGCUUUGAUAUUAAUGAGUUUUUUGGGUUCAUUGAGAACAUGGUUGUUGUUCAAUAAUAAAAUUAAUCCUCAAAAAUACAACUUGCCUAAUAAUUCUGCACUCCCUGUAUAUAUCCAUAAUAUCCAGCUCACCGGGAAAUUAAUCAGGCACCAAAACGUUAAAUGGUAUUCAGAAUUAAUACAUUUUAAUGCACUAAAUGUAAAUUCACAAUGCAAAAUAAGGUAGAAAUUAUACAAGUAACAUGAGCAGUAAUUACCGUGUGACUGAUUUAUAUGAAACAUGUAUAAUCCCAAGGUAGCAACAAGUAUCAUAUCAUAACAAGUAGCAUACCAUUAGAAUACUGUAAAUUGAUGACGGUGGAAUGUUGAAGGUUUUAUUUGACAUUGACCAGGCUCAAAUCCUGUUGCAUUUUGAACACCAAUCCGCAAACUGCCUAAUAGUUAUUUGAUCAAUGACUCCUCAACGAGAAUGUGAGGGGGGAGGGGAAUUAAAUCUGGGAUUAAGAAUUCCAAAAAUUUUAAAUGAACUUCUGGGCACUAGAAAUAGAUGAAUGCAUACCUGGCAGUUGGUAUGAAGCCAAAAUAGCUUCAGAAUGACAAGAAGGAUACAAUAACUAUGUGAAAACUAAAUAUAGCUGGUUAAUUUGCUACAUGUGUGAAAAAGAACAUAUAAAGUAACCAUGUGUAUAUUUAGAUUACUGGAGCCAAAAUUUUUCUCCCUCUCUCUUUCCUAUUUUUUUUCUUUCUAAGAUUUGGUAUUUUGGGCACAAAAUUAAAAUUUUCUUCUAAAAGUCAUCCCAGUACUCCAGUUUACUUUUUCCUGAGUGGUGAAGAAGACCAGCAGGAAGAUGAUGUAGGAAUCCUUCUCUCAGAAGGGAUAAUGGAGGAAUAUUUGGCGUUUGAUAGCAGAGAUAUGUGAGUCAUAGCUAUUUAUUCUCUUAAGAUCUUAGCUUAAACUGACCAAACCAAUAAGUGUCUAUCAGUCAGAACUCUUUCUUCAAAAUCUUUCUUCCAAUCUCUAUAAGUUAACAGAAAAAACAUUGUCAUGAAAGCUAUGUCUUCAAGUGAUUGAUGACCAAUAAAUAAACACUAUUAAAUUAAAGGGACACUACAGCUUAAUGUAGUAGUACUGGUGUCUAUAGCAUGUCCCUGCAGUCUUAGCACUGUAAACACUGGCUUUUCACAUUGCAGCCUAGUAAUACCUCUUGUGGCAGUCAUUCAGACAGCCACUAGAGGUGCUUCCCAUCUCAAUGCAUGCUGCAUGAAGACAAUUACCGCUCCCCAUAGAGAUACAUUGAUUCAGUACAUCUCUAUGAGGAGGUGCCGAUUGGCGCAGUGUGCCGUCUUUAUGCACAUGCACAGUAGCCUUCCCUUACUUUUCCAGAUUGAGCUCAGCCACUGAGGUGGGGCCAGCUGCGGCAAAACCAGGGCAGCAAUGGAGAAAAGAUAAGUAAACUACCUUUUUACUGCACAGAGAGUAUAGUAUCGUGUCCCUUUAAGACACAGUAUGAAUUAUACAUAUUGUGUUCUUGGAGGAUUUAACAAAAUAACCAGUAUUAAAUUAAGCUUCCUGAAGUCAUGAAUUAAUUAUAGAAUAUGUUCAAAAUGUAUUUCCCCCUCACUUAUGAAAAAGGCAUACUCCACACAUUUAAAUCAUUGUAGAACAUGGUUUUAUCUCUAUAAAUAUAAUGGGCACUAGAAGCCAAGUAAAUUAAAGCAACUCUGUCACCAUCUGGGUCUUUGCAUAAUUUCCAAAGACCCCCAACUGUGACUUUACUGCUUGGCAUCUGGUAUAGGGUAAGGUGAGCUAUACUUUCCUGAAUCUGUCCACCGUUGCCAUGCUCUUCCUGCCCGUCCUUUUCAAUUCCUGUUUUUCUAGUAAAUGCAGCUUUUAUAAAAUCAACGAAAGACAUUGUUGUUGGGUUUUUUUUUUUUUGUUUGUUUUUUUUUGUAGGGAAGAUGAGCUCUUUGAAAAGACCAGAAAUAUGUCAUUGGACAGUCUUAAGAUGGGAUAUCCCCCCAUUUCUCCAAAACACUGCAACAAGGAGGCAGUUCUUGCAUAUCUGUUUGAUGAUGUGUGGAGAGAAGUUGUGGGGUGCUUGGAGGAGCUUAUUUGCAGGCAUUGGGAAGAAUCCUUUACAGGUAAGAUGAAAAGUGAUAGUCAAGCCUCAUGACAAUGCAUAAAAUGCCAUCAUCAAACUUUGCUCACAAGGAAUGAUGGGACCAAGUUCCAUGUUAAAAAUUCUGUCAUGCUUUUCAUAUAUAUGUUAAAUAUUUUCAGCUGCUGAAUUUUAAACGUAUAGGAACACUAUACAAUUAAAUUAAACAGUGUUGUAAAGAAAUUAAGUUUCUGAACAAUACUCUGUAAGACUGACUCGUACUGCACCCCCCACAGUAGUAGAUACUAUCUUGGGACUAACCCCAUACCAGAUGUUUGGUAAGAGAAUGCACGCAAGACUUAUGUGUUCACCAAGGUUGUAGACCACUGGGCUUACGAAAGUGCCAAUGUUAUUGGCGUUACUCUUUGCGCAUGUUGUGCCCACGCCAUGGUAGUUCAGAUGCAGACUGAGGUCUACGAAUCUCACCACAAGUUAGCGCAUUACUACCUGAUACUGUAAGGAAUGUGCUUAGGAGUCCUGUUAGUAAGAUAAUGCAUGUUAUGUUGUGACCUGCGUGUCACCGAUAUAUGACUGAGCGGACAUCACUUCCUACUAAAAUUGUUAUGGUUUCAUUUUGAAGGGACCUGCGUGUCCUAAUUGUCGCACAUUCAUAGCUAUUUGAGGAUCUGAAAGAUUGCACGUUCAAUAAAAACGUAUUUACAAAAAAAAAAAAAAAAAGUUUCUGAACAAGUAACAUUGACAUUCCUCCAAUAGAUGUCGGAGGGCUAAAUACAGAGACUAGCUCUCUUUAUACAGCACUUUGUUGUAAAUCCUGCAUGCAAAAGCUGAAGUGUCAACAUGAGAAAAAGCUCACCUGAAAGAUGGUCACACAAAACACAGACACACCAUCAUGUUUAGUGCCUGGGCACACAUCAUGAUAGACCCAGGUUUUCUAGCACAGGGUUAUGUACAUAGAUAUAGGGUUAACCCAAGAUAGUUUUCUAGCUGAGCCCAAGGAAAUGGUGACCCCCCCAUCCCCACUCUAAAUAUCAUCGCAUACUUCUUUUUUGUUAAUCACACAAAGACAUACACACACACACACACACACACACACGUGUAUGUUUAGACAAACCUAGGUAAAUAGGCAAUCACACACUAAACACACCAACUUAGCAAUAAAUUCAGAUAGCCACAAUCAUUUGUUAUGCAAAUCUUGUAUAGACAAUUCUGGUGUAUGAGAGAAAACCAUGAAAACAUGUGUACAUGAUUCCAGUGGUGAAAGGAUUAAUUUUCCAACCAUAUAAAAUGCUUUUGAUAGAUCUAUUCUUUUAUAGAGCAAAAUAUCUGAUCCAUGGUACAUGCAAGUUGUUUUAAUUUAGAAGUUAAUUCAAUUUAUACAUAUUGCAAAUGAAUGUAAACAAUGGGGGAUAAAGAAACUUAAAAAAGGGGGGGGGGGAACCUUCCAACUCUUUGCCAAAUGUUGAUUAAAAAGGGAGCACAAGAGAACCACUGUAAGAGGUGGACUGUAGUUGCUGUGGUUCUUCUUCUAGCCAUUGUUUCUUGUGCUGACUAGAAGGAUAUAGGGAAAGAGUGAUUAGAUGUUCAGAUGCCUACCACCUGGCAGCAAAGCCACUGUUCUGGCAUCAUGGGGUAAAUGCUCUGUUUUGAAAUGUUUGCAAGCAAGCGCAGGCGGAACCAGAACAUGGUGUGACAAUAUUGUAACACCCACAGAGCUGUAAUCAUGGUGGCUCUAGAGCAAGGCUGAGCUGUGUUAAAAUCUCAUAAAUUUCUACUGGAUAUAUCAUUAAUCUCUAAAUAAAUGAUGAGAUAUUAUAUAUAUAUAUAUAUAUAUAUAUAUAUAUUGCAUAUGGAGGGGCGUUCUUUUAACCCCUUAAGGACACGUGACCUGUCAUGAUUCCCUUUUAUUCCAGAAGUUUGGUCCUUAAGGGGUUAAACUGAAUCCGCCAUCAUAGAUACACUUACUUUAAAAUCAAAAUGACUAAAAGUCUACUUAAAUUUUACUUUCUAAAAGCUGGUAAGUACUAAUUAUAUUUUUGAACUGACAUAUCUAUCAUUAUCUGAAAGUGCAUCCACAGAUCAAAUACAUUUAUUUGAGCAAACUAAUUUUACUAGAUUUUCCUCCUUACAUGUGUUCAUUUUCUUUCCCCCCUUUUAAGAUGAUGACUGCCACGGCAUAGUUAUUAAGACUACUAGAGUAGAAAGUGUUAAUCCACAUGCACAAUUUCAGCUUCCUCCAUUGACGCUUCCACCAGUUUUUCAUGCCAAACCUUCUGCCAUCUCCACAAAUCUGGUAAGUAAAAAUAAACUCAUAUUUGCUUCCUUCUCUCUACAGGUAUUAAGGACAUCCCUUCACUCUGGACUCUCUUUUAAUUACUUUAUAUUGCAAUGUUUAAAGGGUACCUGUCACCAAAUAUAAAAUGGUGACACUCCAUGGAAUGGCCAUCUUCAUAUACAUGCCAUGCCGAAAUAUAUGUACUAUAAAAACAAUGGGUGUGCUUGCCUUAGGGUGCCUUCUCAUUCAUCUUUGUGGUAGUCCAUCAAUGUGUACUUAGGUCACUGUAAAGGACCAGAUGCAAAGGUUACUCCAACCACCAUGACCUCUUCAGUGACUUAAAGUGGUUAUAAUGCCUGUAGUCUGUAUAUACGGCUAUGAAACGCAGCACAUACAGAUAUUAACAACUCUGCUGCUAGAUAUGCAACCCCACUGAUUACACACAUACACAACAAUUAGCCUAAGAUAAAAUGGGCCAGAAGAAAUGACAUUAAAGGGAUACUAUAGUGCCAGGAAUACAAAGCUGUAUUCGUGGCACUUUCGCUCCCUCUUCCUCCCCUCCCUUGCAUCCUCCUUCCCUGCUGCGGUGAAUAAUGGGUUAAAACCCCUUUAUUUACUUACCUGAUCCCAGUGCUGAUAUCCCUCGGAGCUGGGUCGUGGCUUUGCCUCCUCCGAUGAGGGGACGCUAAAGCACAUGCACGGUGAGAGCUGCGUGCGCACUAGGCCCUCCCCGUAGGGAAACCUUGGUUUCAUGUUUUCCUAUGGGGAAGUAGCUGACGCUGGAUAUCUUCAUGCAGAGCGUGAGGAUGUCCAGCGUCAGUUACCGAACCAAAAGUAAGUUAACAUCCAGGAAGCACAUCCAGGAAGCACCUCCAGUAGCGGUCUAGUAGACAUCCACUGGAGGCAGUCUUAGUGCUGCAAAGUAAACAUUGCAGUGUCUCUAAAACUGCAAUGUUUUACAUUGCAGCACUAAGUGCACCCAGACCACUUCAAUGAGCUGAAGUAGUCUGGGUGACCAUAGUGUCCCUUUAAUUGAGUAGAAAAUCCCUUGUGUUUUGUUUAUUUAGUUUCACAUUGUUCUCAGAUAUACUGUGUCAUGUUUAGAACAUAUGUCUCAGAAUGCACGUGAUCUGUUUGUUGUUCAUACCAUGAGUUCCUAUAUAGGUGCGUUGUUGUUGUUUGUUCUGGAAUGAAUGUUUAGAUUAGUAUCAAUUACAUUUUGACCUGCUUCUAUUUAAAUAAAUAUGCAAUUAGAAUAAUAUAUAAUGAUGCUCUUAAAUCAUAAAUAUAUUUAAAUUUUGGUAAAAGUUAUUAUUCUGAAUAACCACUCAGAAUGUUUUUUAAUUUAUAUAAUUUAAAGUAAAGAGAUUGUAAGGCAUUGGUUUCAAUUCAAGCAAGACCCCACACAUAUAAUUCAAAAUGUAUUACUAAAUUAUCUUAAAACCAAAAGCGAGGUUGUUGGUUUUGGUCACUUAAAUCUUGGUACGAUCUAGGUGGCCAUUCAGCUGGAGAUUGCAAAGGAAGAUGGACCUAUGUGAUUUUCUUUAAAAAGGUAGAAUGAUAUAAGUGGGCUGUUAGGGGGUCAGUACGGGGCUCUAAUGAUACUUGCUGCACACUUUCACCCAAAUGCGGCAAGUCCCCUGAACUUGAGUUAAACAAGGCAGGGAUGCAAUAGCACUUUGCAUUGGACUCUAGAUCCCAGGUAAUGUAUUCAUGACCCAAUUGAUGUCUCACUGUGUUACCCCACGUUAAAUGUCUGAAUUAAUUUAGUACCUGAGAAUUCUAAACAUGUAGGUUUAAUUGAUAACUAGCCCAACUUGUGUUUUUUUAAAUCGAUCAUGAAGAACUUUGUGCUGGGUAUAUUAAUUUAAAAAUGUAAACUACUUUUUUUUUCUGUUUUGAUUUCUACUUCUCAUUGUAAGCUCCUAUUCUGAUCUUUUCUUUUUAUUUAUUCCUCUCACUUCUGUCCUUGCUUUGGCCUCAUUAAACAUUCUAGAAUUCAAAUGAUAGAUGCAAAACCAAAGUCAAAAAGAGUGGAAAACCCUCUCACGUAUGUAUGACCAAAUACCUACCAUCUAAUGCUAAAGAUUCUGUUAUUCACAAAUUCUAGUAAUAUUACUGAUAUCUGGCACCUCAUCAAAAUAUAAUUACAUUUUCUUGUUUUGAUGUUUAAAACAUUACAGCUUUGUAUUCUGUGGUGGUAAAAAAAAAAAAAUAAUAAUAAUAAUAAUAAUAAUGCAAGGAUGCUUUAUCAUGUGCUGAAAUCAAUUUUCUUUUGCAGGCUAAUCGUUCUCAUGGGGGAAGCAUCUCCAGUUCACGUAAUCUGAACGACUUGAUAUUGAUUCAUGGAUUCCCAUUGCAACAGAGGAAUCUACAUCUGUGAGUCGUGACAAUCUCAACAGUAAAGAUAUUUUGCAUCUUUAUGUUUUCGUAUCGGGCAUUUGACUUUGAAGUGUGUGUUCCUACAAAUUAAUCCUGUUUCAAUGUAUCUGAACAUAUUUUACUGUUGGUAAAUGUAACUAUACUUCUGUAAAGUAAUUUCACAGUAGUGGACUUUAGUGGUGUGGCUGAAUUAUUCUAAAGAAGUGCUAACAAAAGACAUAAGACUUUCGGCCUUUGGGGAAGCAUUGGAUUGGCUGAGAUCAUCAGGAUUGAUUAUCUCAGUUGGUGAGGUGUGGCAGCCACAACAGGGCUGGCUCGCCGGGGGAGUAAAGGUUGAGUACAUUUUAAAAAAGAUCGUAUUUUCUAAUAUGUGCACAUGUAUUGUAGAAGAAAAACAAUAAAACAACCAAUUGAAUGUCCUACCCACAUUACGCUAUGCCAGGCUAGAUGGAGUAGCUGAUGGGAAGCAGGAGUUCUAUGCACCCCUUCCUGCCAGUCACCCUGUCCCUGCACUGGGUGACAAUUGGGAUAUAGACAAAGGCAGUUUGGUGUUUCUUUGGAGUAGGAAACCGUGUCCUAUAUUUUAAAAAUACAGUAUGUAGAGGUUAUGUUUAUACUUAAACAUUGCUGUGUACAGGUUAACUGCAUACACCAAUAUGGCAAUAUAUGCCAGUUUAGGAUCAUUGUUAUUUUUUAUUUGCUUAAUUAAUUAUUUCUACAGGGCCUCUGCCAACUUUGCUUUCAAUGUUUUUUGUAUAGAUCUGCAUGAUUUGUCUUUAUCCGGAUAUUUGUGCAGGGUAAUUUUGGAGUACCAUAUUUUGGAUUUUGAAUUGUUGUUUUCUUUAUCAUUUUUAAUGUCAUGCAGCGAUUCUGAUGAGAAAUCUCCUCUGAGGCCAACAUCUGCUGCUCUAAUCUCUGGCAAACCACGUUCUGUCCGCUUGUUAGAGCAGAGCUCCUCAUCCUUGUCGUGUAACGUUUCAUCAGCUAGGAGACGCAACCCUCCACGCACCCUGCAUCCUAUCAAUAACAGUUCAUCCAGAGCUGGGACACCAAAAAUGGAAGACGUCAUCAGAGGAACACGACUGUAUGUCUGCAGACCUUUAUUUUUCACAAUGCAGAAUGUACAUAUAUAUAGAGAGUCCUGCACUUCUAACUAGUACUAAAAGUUACUCACCACUGCAAGCAUAGAGUGUUCAUGGCACAAUAACCAGGGGUGAAUUUCUUCUUGCCAGGGCUUAAUUUUCACACCAUAAUUCUAUAAUUAUAUUUAGCAGUAGUAGUAAAUGGGGGUUUGAACUUAUGCAUGUGCAAUAAAAUACAGAGCAGAUUAGAAGUGUGUAUUCCAUUUAUAAUUGAAAGGAUCACUUUUAGUAAUAUGGCACAUUUAAAGAGACACUAUAGUCACCAAAACAACGUUUGCUUAAUGAAGCAGUUUUGGUGUAUCGAUCAUUCCCCUACCGUCUCAUUGCUCAAUUCUCUGCCAUUUAGGAGCUAAAACACUUUGUUUAUGCACCCUAGUCACACCUCCCUGCAUGUGACACAGCCUUCCUAACACUUCCUGUAAAGAGUCAUCUAAUGUUCAUACUUCCUUUAUUGCAAAUUGUGAUUACUUUAACAUUUCUUAUUCCCUGCACUGAUAAUAGCUUGCUAGAACCUUCCAGAGCCUCCUGUGUGUGAUUAAAGUUCAAUUUAGAAAGCAGGAGGUAAAAACCUUUAAAGUAAGUUACAACUAAACUAAAAGUGAAACCAUUUUUUUCAUGCAGGCUGUGGAGAGGUGUGACUAGGGCUGCAUGGACAGAAUCAAGAGUGAUUUAACUCCUAAAUGAUAGUGAAUUGAGCACCGAACCUUCAGAGGCAUGAUCUAUACACCAAAACUGCUUCAUUAAGCUAAAGUUCCUUUGGUGACUAUAGUGUCCCUUUAACCAUGCUUUUCUUGCAGGUGUUUUUAAAAGGGGGUUAUCUUUAUGCUUAAUCUUACUUUAUGUUAUAUUUGAUGUACUGUAACAUGUUUUGUUUUCUUGUUGCUGCUUUAUUUGUCAGACAUGCUACAAAUGACCAGCCAUCAAGUUCUCCUGUAUCUUUCACCAGAAACAAUCUACUGCCACCUAUUGCUACUUCAGAUUUAGAUCACCAGAGUAUGCCUGGGUCACGAGGGCAGACGGUAAAUAUUAAACCAUUAGAAAAAUAAAGAUCCAGCACUCCUUUUUAUGAGAAUGAAAUACUUUGUGGCCUUUAUGUCAUGUUUUGACCCUGAAAGGCCUUGACAGUAGGCUAAAACAUUGUCUUUCAUUACAUGCAUAUACUGGAUUGUGGUUCUAGGCUUCUUUCACCCUACAACUUACCAGUUAAGAGUGCUCUUCACAUAGAUUGUAUGGUAUUAUAUAUAAAUUAAUGUAUUAAAGGCCUUGCUAAUGUGAAAAUUAUUUAAUAGAUAUCUAUAAUAUAGAUAGACAUGUUUACUGCAAAUAAACUACACAUUUUCAAAUAUCCAAUACAUACUUUGACUGUUUAUGCCUAAUUACCUACUUUGUCAUUUUGUGCUUUAUGUUCUGAUACAAAAUAUAAAUUGUGUACAUUUUACUGCAAAAGCAAUGUUAUUUGUCAUAAAUCAGCUACUCAUAAAUGUGCAGUAUAUAACAACAAAAGACCUUCAGUACAUAAUGUCCCCAACAUAAAUUGUACCCAAUAUUUCCUCAUUACAACCUGCUUUUGAGUUAAUGUAUUUAUUAUUUUAUAUUGUGUAAUUUAAACCACCCUGCAAAUGGAAUAUUUUUCAUGGGGAGACUAAAUGUUGUUCAUUCAAUUAUAUCCACUUAAGUUCAGUUCAUAUAAAGAAGAAGUGCACUAAAGGUAGAUCCUCCAAAGGAUUUAAAACAAAUUCUUCUGUCAUGUUUUGCCAUUCUAAAGCACAGCAAAACAUCACGGGAGUGGUAGUUUGACACCAUAUAUGGUUCUAUAUUUUUGGCACGCCUAUAGAGCUUGAGGGGAUUUAAAAAUAUGUGACUAUUUAUAAUUUAUUGUCCAAGAAGUUUGCUCUUUACAGCAGAUUGGGGCAACCAUUAAUUUGUAUCCUCCGUAGAUUUGCUUUACUGACCUUACCUCCCUGACCAUCAUCUGACCUCAAACAGCCAAUCAGGAUACAGUUUUGAUUUAAAAAGGUUGGCUGUUUUAGUCUUUCCAUGCAGUCCCUCGUUUAAAAUAUAAGGCUAAGCAGUAAAAGUAAAAGGGAACAUCUAACAAUUCCCAUUAGUUUCCUAUAUAUAUUUGAAUGUAUUUUGAGUAUCACGUAAAAGCCUUUUACAUUAAGGCAUUACUGACACUUUAAUAAGCAUUCAAACACCAAUAUCUACUACUUUGAAAGUAAUCUACUAUUUUUCCAGCCAGAUAACCAACUGGGGAGGUCCUUCAUAGUCUAUGAUCACACAAAUCUGCUUCGUAGGAGAGGAUCUGAUGGAUUAGGUAGGAUCCUGGUAUACAUAUUUUCCCACUUUUAGCUUUUUGUCACAAAUAACAAAGUGAAUAUUGAACUAUUAAAGGGACAAUGUAAGCACUAUAACCAUUUUAUUUAAACAAAUUGGCUAUCAUUCCUGGUCUCCCCUGGCACUAUCCCUUCAUUCGGUGUUAAACCAUUUUAAAGCAGUUUAACAUUGAAUUCGGCUCACUAAGUUCCCAUAGCCCCUUCCCCACUGAAGGUGUGGCUAAGGCAGAGCUUGCACACUUCUUCUAACCAUUCCAUUUCAUACCUGAAUGGUCACAGUGAUAGGCUGAAAGUGGUCAGCUGACACUUUCAGCCAAUCACAGCCACCCAUUUGCUACUUGCGCUAAUGCUUCCUUAUUAGCUCAAGCAAAACAGAGGGGAUGAGCUGCUGGGAGCUUUCAUAUAGCAUUAACAUAUUAAAACGGUUUAACAAUGAAUGGAAGGAUGAUGCCAGGGGACUCCAGACACUAUAAUCACUUUCAUGAGAUGGAGCUUUUACAGGGCCUACACUAUCCCUUUAAUAUAGCAGAUAAAAUGUAAGCAGCUAUGCUGGUGUCUUAGCUAUCUCUUUUUUUCGUUAUCUUUGUAAAUGUGCAGAUAGGACUCUCAAAUCAUCUAUUUAUUUUUUUCACUUACCUGUUGUGUUCUGUUUUGCCUAAAUAAUAUCAUAAAAUGCUGUAUGCUUUGCACCAUAUAGGAAAAUGUGAUAUUUGUGAAACAACUCUAGGGAAACCUCAACAUGCAGACAAUGGCUGCAAACUGUAGAAAGGGCUAUUCACUAAGCUGGGAUUUUGUAUUUAUUGGCCCUGCUUAAACGAUCUUACAAUCUAUGAGGAAUGAUAAUCUGUUUAUGACAUGGUGUCUAUAUAUGGUGUCUAAGGCAAAGGAAAGGUUUUUUUACUGUAAGAACAAUAAGGAUGUGGAAUUAUCUGCCUGAAGAAGUGCUUUUAUCAGAGUCCAUACAGAUGUUCAAACAGCUACUAGAUGCAUACUUGCAAAAACAGAAUAUUCAAGGAUAUAAUCUUUCAAUGUAGGGUAAUAACUGCUUGAUCCAAGGAUAAAUCUGACUGCCAUUCUGGGGUCAAGAAGGAAUUUUUUUCCUAGCUUGUUGCAAAAUUGUGCUUCAAACUGGGUUUUUUUGCCUUCUUUUGGAUCAACAGCAAAAAUCAAAUGUGAGGAAGGCUGAACUUGAUGGACGCAAGUCUCUUUUCAGCUAUGUAACUAUGUAAUAUAUUUGAAAAACACAGCGACAGUGAGAGAAAGAAAACUUUCACCGAAAGGGUGUAGGGUCUAGAUUUUUGCCUAGAUUAGGUGUUUUUAAAAAAACAAAUAAAAUCUUUCAAUAUUGAAGUUGCUGUUUAGUGGAUAGGUGAGUGCGCUGGAUCUUGUGUUUUGUAUUAUUUGGCCCCCAGCAGCACCCCCAUUUAUGCAUGUUAAGGUGAGUGCAGCCAACCCCCUUUUGUUUUAUAUAUAUAUAUAUAUAUAUAUAUAUAUAUAUAUAUUUUUUUUUUUAACUUUCUUGUAAAUAAGGCAAUUUACCUUAAACUUGUAAUUAGGGUAUCUAGAGUGCUAUUGGACCUACAGUCUUCCUUAUUGUGUCUAUAUAUUUAAAAAUCUAAUCUUUUCUAAAAUGUAUAAAGCAUGAAAGAGUUUUAUGAAAGACUUGAUGUAAAAUCUGAAAACAUUGCAAUUUAUGUACCCUAAAGAAAGUCGAAUUCUGGAAUACAAUUCAAAUACUGAGGGUUCUGUUACUGAGAAAUAUGCAUUUCUAGGGGAACUGCUGGCAAAAAUAUUUCCGUUUAUUUAGCGUGUGCUCUAUCUUGUUGGUUUAGUUGAUUGUGUUGUUUCUGUCCUCUCAGUGAGGCCUUAAUUGCUUAGUAAUAGUUCAAACUCAGCUGAAUUCUAAAAAACAUUACCAUAUUUUAACUGCUUUUUAUCUUCAUAAAGACAAGGUUAUUUACCAAGAUGAAUCUUAAAGGACCACUAUAGUGCCAGGAAAAUAAACUCGUUUUCUUGGCACUAUAGAGUCUUUAGGUUCCCCCCCAUCCUCAGGGUCCCAGUCCCCCUGGGCUGAAGGGGUUAAACACUUACCUUUCUCCAGCGCCAGGCUCCCUCGGCACUCGGGAACUCUCCUCCCUCCCCCGACGUCAGCUUUGAAUGCGCAUGCACGGCAAGAGCUGUGCGCGCAUUCAAACAGUCCAUAGGAAAGCAUUUCUCAAUGCUUUCCUAUGGACGUUCGCAUCUUCUCACUUUGAUUUUCACAGUGAGAAGCUCGGAAGCGCCUCUAGCGGCUGUCAGUGAGACAGCCACUAGAGGCUGGAUUAACCCUAGUGUAAACAUAGGUUUAACACUGCAGGGUUAACACUAGAUGGACCUGGCACCCAGACCACUUCAUUGAGCUGAAGUGGUCUGGGUGCCUAUAGUGGUCCUUUAAAUCUUAGGCCAGAGUAGCCAAAAUUAAAGCACUUCCAUUUUGACCUUAAACUUGAAAUUCACUUUUAAUUCUCACUUUAGUAAAUAGCCCUUUUAGUGUUUAUCUGUAAUCUGGCCACUAAACAGAUUUUUUUUCCCUUCCUCUCCGUAAAAUGGUGAGACCGUCUUCAAACUUUUAGUGUCCUAAAGACUGAAAUUAAAUGAGGAAUAGACUGAAAUUGGAAAAUGAUUCCAUAUAAGAAAACUCACUACUAGAGAACUAUAGUUCUCUUGUACAGAUAGAAGAAGCCAUUGCGGGCUAAGCUUGACAGCAAUGGGGUCAUUUUCAUUCUAUUUUAUUAAAGUGGCUUCUCAUGAAAUAAAACAGGAAUAACUGUUGUACAGCCCUAACUCUCUUUAGCUUGUAAGAGCCUCAAGUGACUGUGUGUGGUACUAUAAAUCAGCAAGAUUAUUGGAGGAGCUAAAACAAUGUUAUUUUGGGGGUGUGGGGCAAUUGAGUAGCCUCUUCUCAUGUACUGGAAAAAGAGCUUCCUUAUUGUUCACAUAUUUUUUAACAUAUCCAGACCUUCAUUUAAAAAUCAUUAAAAAGCAAACUUAGUUUAUUAUUAGCCAAAUAAGCGCUACUUUUAUUUCCCACUUGAUACUUUCAUACACACUGCAUUCUGUGUACCCAAUGUAACAAAUUUACUUUUUAAAUUUGGACUUUAUUUUAUUUUCUUCUUCAAUUGUUUUUGUUUGUUUCUGGGGGAAAAAAUAGGUUAUAGCAAGGUUCUAUUGAAAUCCAAAAUGAAUUGUUGUAGUCUGUUGAUUCUGAACUGUUGGUUUUAACCAGGGCUGCGCGAAUGUAAUUCAUCUAGCCAUAUGAAGAUUAAAAUACUGAAGAGACCACAUGACUUGACACUUGUUUCAUCGGUCUAAUGCAGUGGUUUCCAAACCAGUCCUCAAGGCACGCUUACCAGUCCAGGAUUUAGGGAUUACGAAGGCGUUCUUGAGGACUGGUUUGGAAACCACUAGUCUAAUAGCUGGCUUUGUCAUGGUUCUCAUCAGGUCACUAGAGUGGGUGAUUUAUCAAGAUGAAAACAGGUGUUAUCCUCCGACAGAGGGCUAAAUAAGCAGCAAUCACCAUAAAAACCAUUAUAAUAUCUUUCAACAUUUAGCACUUUGCACUCAAAAUAGCACCUGCUUUUUCUUGAUAAAUACUUACCAGAUGUUUUGCAAUAAUCAUUUGACUGCAAAUGUCUCCGUUUUGUAUAAAUGGCUGGUGUUGAGAUGGAGUAAUCACUGAAGUUUUCAAAGUUUUAUAUAUGCUGAGCACAAAUACCAAUGAAACCCUAAGCAACCUUGUUUAAUUUUGCGAAUUGUUUUUCAGCCGCAGAUUCCAGGAGGAUUGGUGUGACUGGAGUAAAUAUAGGAGUUACUAGUUCUUCUUUAGCCAAUUCUACUCAGUGGGGCCAUUCAUCUAAUGUACUAAGGGAGGGGACAGAAACUCUUAUUUCAGGUAAGAAAUACAAUACCACCAUAAACCUGGUAGAUUAGUUUAACUGUGGUGAAAUGUAUAUUGUUUAAUCCACGUUUGUGCUAUUUGUUGGAUUAUUGUUCAGGAAUAGCACCCUCUCCCCAAAUUUCAGGCUGUUGAUCGUGAGCUAAAGUUAAAUAUCUGAAAUUCUUUCAUGAUACUAUAUGAUGCAGUAAUGACAAUGGUGUUUUACCAUAAUAUUAUUUGUUAUUUUAGCAGUAUAUUAACAGUUUGCAUGUGAACAAAGUGCCAUAUAUACUGCCAAAUGAUAUGUCUUAAAGGACCACUCCACACCCAUAAAGCACAUCAGCACUUCCUUCAUUUAUGGGUAAUGAGUGCCCUAUUUCAGUAGCACUUCAGGUAUCAGUCUGUGAUGGUGGAAAGGGAAGGGCUUGCAAAGUUUUUGGGAAGAAUAUCUAUUUGGUAUACACCACAUUACAACAUGCUUAUCCCCUUAAGGGCCAAACUUCUGGAAUAAAAGGGAAUCAUGACAUGUCACACGUCAUGUGCCCUUAAGGGGUUAAAUAAAUGCAUGUUUUCAUUGAGAUUUUGUCUGAAAAUAGUGAUUUUAUUUUUAUUUUUUUGUGUGUGGGCUGUUUCUUUCACAUUUUUUUUCUUGUUGUUUCUUAGGGAUUCCUUUGCAUUUGUCACUAAAAUCUUCUACCCGGGGAGGAUUUCUUACAGGAAAUAGACAAAGACUUUAGAUUUUCUCCAAGACCUACAAUAUGAAAUAUUUGCAUUUGACCCAUUUUUAUGAACAUUUUUAAGAUACAGCAGAUGCCAAAUGUUCUAGAGAUGGCUGCCUAUGGGAAUGUCCCAAUGGAUCAUGGGCUUUUGGCAUUUCAAACCAAAGAGUAAUGUGACUGAAGAUGGACAACACCGAAGCUCUAAUUGAGAAAAUGUAUUGGGUGCAGAACAGCGGCACACUACAAACAAAAAGCAAUAAGCAAGUCUGCAAAAAAUACUUUGUAUAAACAAGCACUGAAAGCCAUAAAAUAACAAAUCAUUUCUAUUCUCUCUUAAAGCUGUUUUGUGCAGCAUGGCCAAACUUUUGAUAUCUCUGGGCAAGGGAAAAUUACUUUACUUCAAGUUCAGCUGUGUCUGAAAUCACAACACUGUUAUUUAUGAAUUAGCACUGGUAAUUUUCUACAAUAUCCAUGUUUCUGACUAAAUCUAUUUUCAGUUUAAACAAUUUAGCAAUAUAAUGCAUUUGAGGGUCUCUCAAUAAUAAAAAAAUAAAUGCAAUUGUGUUUUAAAGGGUUACUAAUGUUGCUUUACAAAAAGAGAGGCUUGUGGUGUGUUUUUUUUUUUUUUUUGCAAGCCUAAUGUAAUCUGAUCAAAUCACGUAAUAUGUUCUUUAAUUGAGAAAUGACAUGACAGUUGCAUUUGUGCCCGUACAACAGUUAAAAAACUAAGCAAUGAAAGUACAAAGGUGAAGUAAUGCAUAGGUUUUCUUACAAAAAAUAUUUGCCUCAUAUUUCUGUUUUUAUUUAUUUAAAUGCCUCUACCUGUCCAUGCCAUGGUUUAGAUCAAUGCUUCUAUAAUCUUAACUAUAGCAAGGUUAAAGUGGCACUGUUAGCGUCUGGGGACUUUGCCGAAUUUGCAAAGACUUCCAACAGUGACAUCACUGCUGAGGGGCUGGUUGUCUAGUGGCAGGUAACAAUGAGAUUUUCCUACUUGAACCUGUCACUUGCGGGCGCCACCAUCUUCUUCAGUCUGCUUUCUUCGGUUACAGGAGCCAAAGUCACUGCUAUACUCUUGCGCAUGUGCAAGAGUACAGUAUUUAGGUCUAUGAAGGAGACCGCAGGAUCCUCCAUAGACACAGACAAUUCCCUGUUGGGAUUGACACUUAGUCCGCCCUGAGUCUUAGAAAGUCAGGGGGAGGAGAAAUACAGAGAAAAAGCAGUCCCUAAUUUGUCUCUGUAUAUCUCUUGACUGGGUUAAAAUUUCAACACAGCCAAAAUUAGUAUUUCAUAAAGAUUAUCUUUUCAGGAGGGAGUAACAGUGUCGCUUUAAGCCAGAAUUCAUACAAAGCGCAAACUUUAUCCUCUGUUCAGUGCACCCUGCAAUUAGGCAAUGUUUGUUUUUGGGGAGGGUGGGGGGAGAGGAGAGAAGAGAGGGGGGUCCACUAGUUAGAGAAGACUUAAAAGUAGUUUGCAGUGAGGAUGUGAUACUAAAACAGCUGACUAAAUAUUUAGUAUGUUUUAUUACUUAUUUCAGCUGCAUGAGACUCAAUGUCUGAUUCCCAUUAAAGUUUUUCCAUUUGUUAAUUACAUGAUGGAUUAAUCGUUCAAGCGUAAAUUAACAGGAAUUUAAUUACUUCAUCACAGGUGAAAAGGAUUUGUACACAAGUCAAUUUUGAAGUUCCAUUAAAUCCUUCACUGCCAAAACAGAGUAUACACAUUUUUAUUUAAAUAUUUUUUACAGGAUGAAAUUUAGUUCAUAAAGCCUCAUUAAUGCUCAUUUAUACUUCAGGAAUGGUUACCACCCUGUGGAGGAACACAUUUCUCUGCAAGAAGCCACCGAUUUAAUACCUGAAAAUUCUCAGAAAAUGUCUGCAUCUCCUAUUAUUCCUAGAGUCAGUGAAGGGGUGGAGUGAAAGGACUAUCAAUGAGUAUUACUGGGGAAGGGGAAUGUGGGUUGUAGUUGGCAAGGCUUGUGGGGAGCUGUUGCGUAGGGAUGUGUCACGGUGUAAUACCCCAACACGCAGAGUCUAGGAUAGCAAGGGACAAGACUAGGAAAUAACUUAUUACUGGGACUUAGAAUGGCAGGACUAAACGUUAGACAGAGAAAAAGCGUAAUCAGAGACGAACCGAGGUCAAGCUAAUGGAAAGAAGGUAGUAGUUAGGCGGCGCCAGAAAUGGAGAGUAAAAUUGAUAAAUGUUGUAGUAUAGUCUAUGGAUUUGAAAUUCAGUAGUAGAGUUCAGAAAAGUCUUUUGGGGGUCUGUAUGUAGAAGCCAACGAAAAUUUAGAAAAUGGGAUAACAGCUCUGUAUGUUGAAGAUGUUCCUACACUCCGUAUGUGAAAAUAAAAGAGACAACUAAUGGUGCAAUAUAUUCAACAAUAUGGUGUUAAUCUGGUAAAAGUCUUAAAUGAUCCUACUCACGUUUUGUAGAGCUAAGGGACUAGCUCUAGUAUGAAGUGCGUACAGUGGUAUAAUCCGCACUUAUAGGAUACGUGAGGUGAUGUCUUGUCUGAGAGAAGGAAUCAGGAAAGCAGAAAAUAAAAUAUAAAGAGGGUACUCACGUUUACACGAGCAGGCGCACUGCUCAGUGUAUAGGGCUUGAGUGGUAUAAUCCUCACCUAGGAUUCUUUGGAGUAAUGUCUCACUGGAACAGGAUAAAACUCAGAAACUAGGUAACGUAGGUAAAAUAAAAUUAAAAAGUAAAAUGGCAGCCCACAGUGAGGAAGUGACCAUAAUCCCUUUAAUAAAAUACAAUACAGUUCAAAAUGCCCACAAUGCGUUUCGCCAGCAGGCUUUUUCAAGUGGAUAUGCAGAGAACAUAACCUGGCAAGUCUGGGUUUAUAAAGGGAGUGAAACAGCUUGUGUGUUUUAAACAUGGUGCCAAAAUGACAACAUGAUUGAAAAUAGUCAGAAAUUCAUAUAUAAGAAGAAACAGUAAAAUAUAGAUAGAACAAAUAAUUAUGUGGUAGUGACAAAAAGAAGUAAGAUUAGACCACAUUUUGGUCAUGUGAUCAGCGGCUAUUUAUUUUAAGCAUCAUGGGGGUUAUAGUAUGGCUGGCGAUAUCGUCAUUGUGACAAAAUAGGUGGGCGUGGGCGCUUAGAUGGGGCAUCAUAAGUGGCAGGGAAUGAGUGAUAGGCAGAGAGUGAACGGGUCACGUGAUCGGCGGCCUUAUUAACUGGGCAAUAUGGGGAUUGUAGUGUGUAAAAUCUAAUUUUGAGAUUGGUAUAAUGUAGAUGAGAUUAGAUGGAACGGUGUUAAUGUAGAAUCUUCUUAAUUUCUUCUUGUCUUCAGUUGAUUGAUAUAUAUACGUCUUUUGUAUAUAUAUUCUUGGGCCAAAUGCUCGCCACAAUAAUAUAUGUCUAUAUUAUUGAAAAGUAGUAAUACGCAAUCUGACUUACGGUUUCUUCAGGUUUAUUCUUUGUUACGGAUACAUAAUAAAACA